CAGUCCCAAUGAAGACUUUGCCACUGGAGUGGAGACGCACAACGAUUAGUCGGUUUUUAACAAUGUGUUCAACGAGUCAAAAACGGAGAGUGUUUUAAUUUUGUUUUGUAAUAGACGAAGAGCAAUACCUGUUCAAAAAUCAGUCGAAGUAGCUUCCAUUUUUUUUCAGCGUUUUUGUGUGCAGCCUGCCAAUAAAUCUACAGAGCUCACUCCGCGAGCGGUUUUGGACGUUUUACUUCUACUACUCUCGCCAUGGAGUACACCUCUUCCCCGAAGCCACAGCUCUCCUCCAGGGCAAACGCGUUCUCGAUAGCCGCUAUCAUGUCAAGUGGAAAAACGAAGGACAAGGAAACCGAUGAAAACACCAUCAAGCCACUUGAACAAUUCGUGGAGAAGUCCUCCUGUAACCAAGGUUUGGGAGAGCUGUCUUCUCUAGAUGGGCUCGGAGAUUUCAGCGGGAGCGCGCCUCCAGUGUGCACAGAGCCGCUGAUCCCCACCACUCCCAGUGUUCCCAGCGAGGAGAUGGCCAAAAUCUCCUGCAGUUUAGAGACCAAAGAACUCUGGGACAAAUUCCAUGAUCUCGGCACCGAGAUGAUCAUCACAAAAUCCGGAAGAAGAAUGUUCCCCACCAUCCGUGUGUCCUUCUCCGGGGUGGACCCGGACGCCAAAUACAUCGUGCUGAUGGACAUUGUUCCGGUCGACAACAAACGCUACCGAUACGCCUACCACAGGUCGUCCUGGCUCGUGGCGGGCAAGGCGGACCCUCCUCUGCCUGCAAGGUUAUACGUGCACCCUGACUCUCCUUUCACUGGGGAACAACUGCUCAAACAAAUGGUGUCUUUCGAGAAAGUAAAGCUCACCAACAACGAACUGGACCAACAUGGACACAUCAUACUAAACUCCAUGCAUAAGUACCAGCCCCGGGUCCACAUCAUCAAGAAGAAGGACCACACCGCCUCCCUUCUCAACCUCAAGUCAGAGGAGUUCCGCACCUUCGUUUUCACAGAGACUGUCUUUACCGCGGUCACAGCCUACCAGAACCAGCUGAUAACCAAGCUGAAGAUCGACAGCAACCCGUUUGCGAAAGGCUUCCGAGACUCCUCCCGACUGACAGACAUGGAGAGGGAAAGUGUUGAGAGUUUGAUCCACAAGCACUCAUACGCACGGUCGCCAAUACGCACCUACGCAGGUGAGGAGGAGACACUGGGGGAUGAUGGCCACGCCGCACACAGGGGUUCUGCGUUCACCGCCUCUGACAACCUCUCUCUGAGCUCCUGGGUCACUGCCACCUCUGGUUACUCAGGCUUCCAGCACCCCCAGUCCCUCUCUGCCAUGGGCUCCAGCAGCGCCUCCCUGGCCCCCCCCUUGCCCCACCCCAUCCAGGGCUCCCUGCCCCCUUACAGCCGGCUGGGCAUGCCCCUGACACACUCGACCCUGGCGGGCACCAUGCAGGGCGGCGGUCCCUCCUUCCCCUCCUUCCAUAUGCCCCGCUACCACCACUACUUCCAGCAGGGCCCCUACGCUGCCAUCCAGGGACUGCGCCACUCCUCCACCGUCAUGACCCCUUUUGUAUGACUCCCUCUGGGGUGACUGCCUGGCCGAGUAGCCCCUCAUCAGCUACAACUAAGCUUAUAGACACACUUCCACACACAAGUAGAUAGACUCACCGAUUUGUCCGCCUCAGCAUCAUCACCCAUCGUCACCACCGUGUCCUUGUAAAUAAUAAGCCCCCUGGCCGAGGCAACUGACUGGACGACCUGGAGAGGCUGCCUGGCUGCUGCCCUGCAUGCUGACAGCUGAACCGGAGAGGAAACAGACUCCUACGGGACCUGGUGGAACAGACACAGAGACCCACAGACUGAUAUGAACACCAGAUAUGAACACUUAUGACCUGCAUAUGAAUAUUUACGACCCAGAUAUGAAAACUGAUGAUCCAGGUAUAAAAAAAAAAAUCCACAACAAAGAUGCUGAGGACUGAUGACCAUGCACAGUGAUGUGUUGUGGGAAAUAGGUAAUGGUCUGCUUGUGAUAACUGUCGUUUGCCCCUGCCCUCCAACGGUUGGUUACAAUGAUCAUUUUGCACCCACUCUCCAGAAAAACAUGGACAGGAGAACCAGUGAACUGUCUGGUUUACGAACAUUAAAACCAGAGGGUGUGGUAAUUGUUAGUUCUCUCACAGCUUCUGAGGACAAUGAAGAAUAUGGGACUCCAAAAGUUUACGGGAGUGCACAACUUCCAAUCCUGGGCACCGCUUGUGGCCACGGAGGAGAACUAUCUUCACUCCAGCUGCUGGGGCAUGGAGGAAUGGCAGCCAUUUUAGACUGAGUCAAAGGAUUCCCCCUGCUUGCUGACCAAAACUCACAGGGAGGGUAGGCAACGUCUCUCCUCUCCUGCUUGACCUCAAACUCUGUUAAGCUUCCUCUGCAGGCAGAAUCCUAUAGCCUCCUCCAGUCAGGUUGGCUGUUGCCAUGGUAGUCAGAUUUGUGUGCAUAGAUGCCCUAGAGACAGAGAGAAGCCAAUUGUUUAUUUCCCAUCUAAAAAGCCAGCCAUGUGUACUGUGAAGAAGUUACAAUGGAAGAUGAUCACGUUUGAUAGCAGUACAUAAAGAUGCACACACACACACACACACACACACACACACACACACACACACACACACACACACACACACACACACA